UACUCUGGUUUUUCUGUUCUUGGCAAAUUCGGACAUAAGGCCAGUUCUGGAGUGUAUUUUGCUGCUUCGCUGUUUAAUCGCUUGUGGUGGAUUUCAAGAUUAUCUGGGGACGAUUGGCUGUUUCGCCAUUGUAGAAGAAAUGUGGCCUUGAUCAUAUUAACAGUGAAACGUCCUUUUCCUCUCUCGAAAGCAAUCUUUUUUAUGGAUUGAUGAAGGAUGAGUUAAAGAAAUCCUUGUUGUCCUAACUGCUCAACAGUGCUUCCAUGGAUAGCAAAAGCUUAGCUGAGUUGAGCCUUCCCUGGAUCUGGAUUAUUGAGUAUUUGGCAAAAUUCGAGCAAGUUAAACCAUCCCUUUUACAUGUUAUCAUUAAAGCGGCUCCAGAAAUGCCUGCUCACUUGAGAGAGAAUAUGGAGGAAGUUGUUUCUUUGAGAUGCUUGGAGGAGCUAUGUGGCACUCGAAAUGGAAGCAUGAACAGUACCUCGUCCUCAUUCGAAUCAAAGGCAAAAAUUAAUGCAUCAUAUAGCUGCAAAAGUGUCCUACAGUAUAUGCUCCAUAAUGGCUCUGCAUCUGAUCUUGGAGUGACUGCAAAUGAGGUGCUGAAAUGGGACCUUCACUCAUUUUUAAUGCACAAGAGAGCCUCUGUGCCAAAAACUGCUCUAGAGGAGCUAAAAGAUACAAUACUUGGAGGUACUCAUCCGCAUGCUGAUUCUUUAAAGGAAUUGAGUCGAUUGGCACCCGUUAGUCAUUUAAAUGGGAGUGUCAUUCAUGAUGGUGGACAUACUGGACUUUCAUGUGUGCCUGACAUGGGAGAUGGAAAUGCUGCUGAUACCGUUGAUGAACCAAACUUGGUUUCUCGACCCACAAAUCACGUGGAGCUUUUGGAAGGAGAUGACGAUAUUAGGAUAUGUCUUCCCACAAAGAGGAACCAUACUGAUGUUCAUGCUGAAAAUAUUGAAAGGAAUUGUGAUGAGAAUCAACAUGAUGAUGCUCAUUCAGAUGCUAAAAGGGCUAAACAGCAAGAUUCUGAUGAAAGAAAGGACAGAGAAGAAUCGCCAGUUGUUCUAACUGGAAGAUUAAGUUCCGAGAGAAUUGAUGGAUGUUCUGAAAGAGAGAUGGCUAACCUGGUUGAGGAUCAUAUGGGGGCUGUGGAUGAAGACCAGUUGUCAGUGGGAGAUGGGAGGCAUUAUGUUCAGCCAAGGACUUGUUCUGAUGCAAUGGAGCAGGGGUUUUCUGUUGAUGAUUCCACACGCAUCCAUGACGCCAUAGAGAAAGCAAAGAACAGUGAAUCAGCUCGGGCAUCGCAGUGGGGGCAGGCUUUUACCAGUAAUGUGGAAGAUUACGUGGUCCAUGCUGAUGGGGAGGAAACGUCUAGUGAUAGUGAUGAAUAUAGAAAAGAGGAGAAGGAUGUUAUGAUGAAAAAGCAUGAAUUCUUAUACUCUCAGUCUCAGUGCCCAUCAGCUCGCAAUGCGUUUGCAACAGUUGAUUGGAGCGAGCAAAAUGUUUGUAUGAAGUGUAAUGAAGGUGGUCAAUUGUUAGUUUGUAACACCAGCAGUUGCCCUUUGAUGGUUCAUGAGAACUGUGUGGGCUUAUCAGCUAUGUUUGACGACAAUGGUAUGUUUUACUGUCCAUUUUGUGCGUAUUCUAUUGCCAUUUCUGACUAUCAUGAUGCCAAGAAAGAGGCCUCUUUGACAAGAAAAAACUUAUCUGCUUUUAUUCAUGCUGGAUUCAAGCACCAGCAAGAGAAUUUGGAUCAGAUGGAACAGAGUCUGUUAGGAAAUGGAGAUAGUGAGACUGAUAGAGUAAAUGGACAUAAUGAAAUGGAUGUGAAUGGCCAUCAGUUUCAGCGGAACGAAAGUGAUGGAGAACAAGAUGAUCCUUCUCAACGAUGUAAUGGUGGUGACGCUAAUUUACCAAGUAGAGAAGAAGAAGAAAUGGUUCGUGGUGGAGUUUCUACUGAUGCAGCGGAAUUCUUGGAAGGGAAGUGGAACAGGGAAAACAAAUCCAACACGGUUGAGAGGACUCCAACUAUCGAAAAGCAGAUGGAACAGAACAUGGUGCAAGAACGGCCAUCGGGGCAAGUUCUCGAAAGAGAACAGGACCAAGUAUUGGAAAACAACCUGUUCGUUAAUGGGACUGUUGCUUAUAAGAACACUUUUAUUGUCCCUGUAAAUCAGAGAGAUGAAGUCGGAGAUGAGGAAGAUGUUCUUCAUAAGGAUGCCACUGAUACGCCAGAUGGAGGUGCUUGUGCUAAUAUUACUGCAGAGGAAACUUCCGGAGAUGAAGAUAAUGAAACAUCCAUAUCCAAUUACAGAAUCAGUUUCCGAGGGCAAAGAAAUCAGGAGGAAGCCUCUGCAAAUCCUCUCUUUAUGCAAAAUGAAGUGCCCUUGAUGGUGGAGAAGGAACAGACUCCAGAGCCUACUUCACAGCCAGAAUCAAAUUCAGAGUCUCUGCCUUCUGGACAGCUCGGACCCUCUUCGCUGCCGUUACCAUCUAAACACAUCUCAAGAUUCUCAUUGAGGGGAAGGAGGUGUUUGAAGACUUAUGCAAGUUCUGUGGUCCCUAGAAGAAGUGCAAGGAUCAGAUCAUUUGCUCGGCCAAGUCAAGAAAGGACCGAGGAUGAUGCAGGUCUAGUUAUAGAAAUAGAUUGACUAACGUGUGUCCAACAAUAGAAAUGGAUAGAUCAAUGUCAUGAGUAGCCGUCGGGGUUCAUGUCUUUUAGGAGCUGAAAUCCUUUUUUGCUGCACAUAGCAGCAUUUAGUUAUAGUUCAUGGAUCUAUUUUGCAAAUGGCCAUCACUUUAUUUGCUGGAUCCUUUUUGUACUUAGCGGCGCUUAAGAUUUUUUGCAGCUGGAUUUAUGAGCCGUUGUGUUAGAGUGAUGUCUAUAGUCAGGACCAUGUGAUUUGGAAUUUAGAGGGCAUUGUCUGCUCCAUAUAAUCCUCCUGAAAUUCUUGUGGUACUUACUAACUUGGUAUGCAUCUCCAAUUUAGAGUUGUUGUUCCCUUA